AGCGACGUUACUUAUUCUUCCGAAAAGAUGAGAAAUGCCGGACACUACCAUGACGUAUUAAAAAUAAACAAAGUUCUUAAACAUGCGACAACUUAGAGGGAGCACGCUUCGGCUCCUCAAAGUAGGAUGUUUCUGUUUUGUGAUUAUGGUUAUCAUUAUGUAUAUCGCCAUGACGUUAAAGAAAAAAGUGACACCUAUGUACGCCAAUGGAAUAGUUGAUACAACAAUAGGUCACAUUCGGUAUGACUUUUCCACCGGAAUGUUCUCAUUGAAAGAAAAAGACAACGUUUACCUGCAAGGUCUCUUAUCAGAAACAUUGAGAUCCACUGCUGCCCUGGAGUGUAAACCAGACCGAAAAACCCCAAAUUACCUUUGUCUGAGAUGGCACCGUUACACAGAUCUUGAGGUAAAAAAGUUGGGAGGUAGUGAUCACUGUCAUGAAAUCCUCUGGAAGCCCACAAGUCGUGACUUCAUGCCUCAGGACUGUAUAUCGUUACGUGGUGCCAUAUGGUAUGGAGGAGGCGAGAUGUAUAAUCAGAAGUGGCCAUUAACGGAUGUUUCUAUUCCUCUACAGCCCUACCUUCCUAAUGAUCUCACGUAUAAAACAAAACAUGAUAAAUCACCAGGAAACAUUUUUGGUAAUGUUGUGGAGAGAUUUUGGUUGAACACAAAAGGUGUUGGGAUUGUGGUCGACAGCACUGUCCCUUUAUUUGUCAGUAUCAAUACCAGUAACAGUAAUCUAAUGUGCUUCACAACUAACACAGAUCAUCCACGAUAUCCAUUGGGGCAAAACCAUAUAUUGAAAUACACCAUUUGUAAAAAAGCCAAUGUAAAGGAGGCAUAUGAAUUAAUGCAAACAAGGCAUUUUGAGUCGCCAAAAGAUAAGCCAAGUCUGGAUUUAAUGCAAUUUCCAGUGGUGUCUUCCAUACCACGAUUUCGGAACAAUUUGACUCAAGAAACUUUGCUGAAGUUUGUGAAAAAAAUUAAAGAUGACCUUGAAAAAGCUGUGUCGAUUAAGAAACUUUUUUUUGAAUUUGAUGGCAUGUUUUCAUCAGAUUUUGGAAACUUUGAUAUUAAUCCCAGUACAUUUCCUAAUGCACAUCAAGUCUGCAGCACAAUGAGAGAAUAUGGAUAUCAAAUUAUUGUGUCUAUGACUCCUUUGAUAAGUAAAGAUUCAAAAAAAUUUGACACAAAUUCUGAGUAUUUAGUACAAAAUUCAAACUCUGAGCAGUUAGGUCUUGUAAAAUGGUACUAUGGUAUGGCAGGCAUUGUUGAUGUGACAAAUCAGGAAGCUGCUAAGUGGUUUCAUUCCAAAUUAUCAACAAUGAUGAAAGAGUAUGGCAUAGAUGGAUUUAAGUUAUAUGCAUGUGAAAGUAACUACCUACCACCCAACCAUCUAAGUCAUGGAUUACUAGCAAAUCCUGGGUCUUACAUAACAACUUUGCUUUCAUUAGUUAGUAAAGUCAGUCAAGGCAAACAACUUUUACAAACAACAUGUGCCUACAAGUCUCAAAAACACUCCAUGUAUUUACAACUUGGAAGGAAAGAAUCCAAGUGGAGUGCUGAUAAUGGGCUUCAAAGUGUGAUACCAGCAGUUCUGACUCUAGGAAUCCUGGGAUAUCCAUUUGUAAUUCCUGAUGUGGUUGGAGGAAGUGGUGGUCAUGGCAACACAUCCUCUCCUCCUGAUCGUGAACUUUACAUCAGGUGGUUGCAAAUGGCUACUUUCAUGCCCGUUCUGAAAUUCUCAUAUGUCCCAUGGGAUUAUGACAACGCAGUAGUAGAGAUAGCUAUGAAGCUGUUAAAACGAAGACAAGAAAUCAUGAGACUGCUAGUUAAUGCUGCUAAGGAAGCUGAAACUGAUGGAUCUCCAAUCAUUAGACCACUAUGGUGGACAGAUCCCAUGGAUCCCUCUGCUCUCUCAAUUAAUUCAGAAUUUAUGGUGGGUGAUGAUUUAAUUGUGGCCCCAGUUGUAAACCCAGGUGUGACCAAGAUUGACAUUUAUUUACCUCAAGGUCACUGGAAGGAUGACUUAAAGGGAAAUAUAUAUGAAGGUAAACACUGGCUGAGGGACUAUGCUGUCUCUCUACACCAGAUCCCAACAUUCAGUAAACACAAGUUUUUGACAUAAUGAACAAAUCUCUUUUUAAUUGUACCAGGAACAUGAAUUCAUCAAUAUUGAAUUUAAUAUAAGCGAGUAUGAAUACCCAGGUAUUAGUUCUGACAUCAGAAUAAUAUCCCUGGUGAGUUAAUGUGAUAUCCACAGCAUACGUGUUGGGGGCAUCUGUGGACAACUGGUGACAGUUUUGUAAAUGAUCCAUUUUAAAGAAAAUAUGAACCGAACAUGAUUCAGACUGGCUUCGGUGAUGUAUUUGUGGAUGCACAUGACUGUUCAUAAUAUGGAUGCUGCCUCUGACCUAUAAUUUCCAGAUGAGUGAUUAGGUUAUGCAUUUAUGCUGUUACAGAAGAUUAAAUUCUUUGAUAUGGUUCAUUUCCAAUGAUA